AUGGCUCAAGUAACAUAUAGUACUGGUCUUCUGGCUCUUCUUUUUUGUGCUUGUUUAUGUGAUGGUAAAGAGGUGAAGUGCAAGCAGAAUGGAGGGUACGUGCCAAGGCAAGUUCCACGUAGAGAUUCAGAGUUGCUUGAAUUUCCUUUAAACUUAGAAUACCUGGAGGCUGAGUUCUUUCUCUUUGGGGCUUUUGGGUAUGGGCUGGAUAAAGUUGCUCUAGAACUGGUAAGUGGAGGACCUCCUCCCAUAGGAGUCAAGAAAGCUAAUCUCGAUUCGACCACCCAAGAUAUAACUCUUCAAUUUUCUUACCAGGAAGUGAGUCACCUAAGUGCUGCACUAUUUUCCACUGCCAUCGAUUUUGCAUUCCAAACCAAAUCGAAUCCUCCAUUCAAUCCUUAUGCUAACAAUGUCCAUUAUUUGCUUGGGAGUUAUUUGAUUCCUUAUGUUGGACUCACAGGCUAUGUUGGCACCAAUGCUCAACCAAUGCUCAACUCCGGUCUAAAACUGCAAAGAGGGUGA